GCUCUCUCGUUUCGAGACGCGUCUCUCGCGACGCGUAGGCCUUGUUGAGUAUUUUCCUAUUAAAUGUUCACCUUUUAUAGAUUUUCAAGUAAGAAUUAUCGUGAAUUAAGUGUCGGUGCUUUAUCGAAUAAAUUGAAAAAAAAAACAUAAAUUGAUUGGGUCUGUAAAAUGAGCUUUUGAAAAAAGGAAUUAAGGAGAAAAAAGGUCCCAAAAACGUCGCUGACGAAGCAGCAAGUUGUGAGAGAGUUGAAGUGGGAGAGAAAAAGAGAAAGAAAGAAAGAAAGAGAGAAAUAGUGGGAGUUUUAGAGUGGGGGUUAGCUAAAGAGAGAUAGGUAUAGUAAAAGAAAAGGGACGUAAUAAUGUUCGUGUAUGCUGUGUAAGCGCACAACAACGCAACAAAACCAUCUCGGUGGAGGUUUUUGAACAGUGUCUCCUCAUCAACGGAAUUAGAAGAAAGACGAGGAGAAAAGUUUUCAUCCGUUGAAAUCUAAUAUAGUUUUGAGAAAGAAAAGACGAAAGAAAGAAAGAAAGAGAAAGAUAAAAAGUGUUCUAAAGGAAUAGAAUAAACGGGUAAAUGGAGUCCACGAGUUGUUAGUCUUCUGACGAAUUGUGCGUAACGGAUGCUCAACUCGAGCGGGAAAUAUUCAAAGAUGGCCGGACAUUUUUUUUAUCGGCGAAUCCUCCCUGCGAUUUUUAUUUUCGCGAUAUUUCUUCUUUUAUCAGGUUCAGCAAAGGCCCAACAAACAAGGGAUUUAAGAUUACCGUUAAACAGAGGUCCACAUCCCAAAAGGCUACAUCCCUGCGAACAAAGUUCAUGUUAUCCUGCAACAGGAAAUCUUUUGAUUGGCCGAAAAAAUCGUCUGUUUGCUUCUUCCACGUGCGGUCUCAAGUUUCCAGAAAGAUACUGCAUCGUUUCACAUCUCAAGGAUCGAAAAAAAUGCUUCUUUUGCGAUGCAUCUUUACCUAAGCAACAACACAAUAUUGAGAAUGUCGUUGACGGAACAAAUUCACGACACUGGUGGCAAGCAGAAAAUGGAAAAGAAUAUGUAACCAUAAGAGUUGAUUUCGAAGCUGAAUUUCAUUUCACUCAUAUAAUUAUCCGUUUUCAAACAUUCCGUCCAGCAGCUAUGUUAAUAGAACGGUCGUUUGAUUUUGGAAAAACUUGGAAGGUUUACAGAUACUUUGCGCAUAAUUGCGAACAAUCAUUUCCAGGCAUACCUACACAUCAACCACGAAGCUUGACCGAAGUAAUAUGCGAAACGCGUUAUUCUGUGGUUGCCCCGUCAACUGAUGGUGAAGUCAUUUUCAGAGUAUUACCACGAAAUUUGGAAAUCGAAAAUCCGUAUUCGAUAGAAGUGCAAAAUUUGUUGAAAAUUACCAAUCUAAGAAUCAACAUGACGAAAUUGCACACUUUGGGAGACGACUUGUUGGACGAUCGUCCCGAGAUAGGAGAGAAAUAUUAUUAUGCUAUCAAAGACAUGGUAAUUAGAGGAUCUUGUUCUUGCUAUGGACACGCAUCAAGAUGUCUUCCUUUAGCUGGAGUAGCACACGAAGAAAACAUGGUACAUGGAAGAUGCGAGUGUACUCACAACACCACAGGAUUAAACUGUGAGAAAUGCGAAGAUUUCUAUAACGAUUUACCUUGGAAACCUGCGGUCGGUAAACAAACUAACGCGUGUAGACCAUGCAAUUGUAACAAUCACACAACUUCCUGCCACUUUGACGAGACGGUUUACGAAAAAUCUGGUAGAGUUUCCGGUGGUGUAUGCGAUGAUUGUCAGCAUAAUACGCGUGGUCAAAACUGUGAACAGUGCAAACCAUUUUAUUAUCAUGAUGUUAGUAAAGAUAUUACGCAUCCCGAAGCUUGUCAACCUUGCGAUUGUGAUCUGAGUGGUUCUUUGGACGACGGCAUAUGCGAUUCCAGAACCGAUAUUCUUAGCGGCGAUGAGUCUGGCCGUUGUCACUGCAAAGCGAACGUAGAGGGUCGUCGUUGCGAUCGUUGCAAGAAUGGUUUUUGGAAUUUCAAUCCAGAAAAUCCUCAAGGAUGUCAAGCAUGUACUUGUAAUACUCUUGGUACCAUCGGCAACCAGGGUUGCAAUAUGAAAACUGGAGAAUGUACUUGUAAGCGUUACGUCACUGCUCGCGACUGCAAUCAGUGUUUGCCAGGAUAUUGGGGACUUUCUGAGGAUCCCGAAGGAUGUAAGCCUUGCGAUUGCGAUCCUGGUGGUUCAUACGAAAAUUCUUGUGACGUUAUUACCGGCCAAUGUCGAUGCAGACCUCACGUCAUUGGUAGAACUUGUAAUCAACCGGAACAAAGCUAUUAUACUGGCUCUUUAGACUUUUUAAUUUACGAAGGAGAACUAUCCAGAGCAACUGAAAAUUGUCAAGUUGUAAUAAGAGAACCUUAUCGCGAUGGAAGAAAUAGUACUUGGACUGGUAUAGGAUUCAUGAAAGCUUUGCAAGACUCAACGCUCAACUUUACCAUCGAUGAUAUCCGCAGAUCUAUGUGGUAUGAUAUAAUAGUACGUUAUGAACCAAUACAACCAGGUACAUGGGAAGACGUCCAAAUAAUUAUUGAAAGAGAUGGACCUGUUGACCCUAAUGGUCCUUGUGCCCAAUCGAAACCAGAAUAUGAUCGAUUGUGGGUACAGUUACCAUAUCAUACAAGAAACGCUAUUGCUCAACCUUCCGUUUGCUUGGAAAAAGACAAACAGUAUAAUGUCAUAUUGCAAUUCCGUAAAUUUAAUAGUCAUGUAGAUACAUCAACAGCAUCUAUAUUAAUUGAUUCCAUUGUCGUAAAGCCUAGAAUAGAUGCCAUACCUUUUUUCAACGAACCUGAUGUUGGUGAAUUACGUUAUAAGGAAUAUGAAUUGUGUAAUCAAGCGUUAAAUGAUUUCAAUUAUAUUCGGAAUAGUUUACCUAAUAUGUGUAAAAAGUUUCAGGAUAGUAUCGGUUAUUAUGUUUUCGAGGGUGCACAUCCUUGCGAGUGUAAUCCUACAGGAUCGCAUAGUCUUCUUUGUCAAAAUUAUGGUGGCGCAUGUCCUUGUAAAGUUAAUGUAGUUGGUAGACGAUGCGAUCGCUGUGCUCCAGGAACUUAUGGAUUUGGUCCAGGAGGAUGCAUACCUUGUGACUGCGAUGGUGUUGGUGCUUUAGAUAACUUUUGUGACGUCGAAACCGGACGAUGCAAGUGUCGACCGAAUACUUAUGGUAGAACGUGUGGUCAAUGCGAACCAGGUUUUUGGGAUUUCCCACAUUGUCAACGAUGUCAAUGUCAUGGUCAUGCGGAUAACUGUGAUUCUAAAACCGGAGCUUGCAUCAAUUGUCGUGAUUUUACCACUGGCCACAAUUGUGAUCGUUGUAUCGAAACAUUUUAUGGAGAUCCAAGAAUAGGAGUUGACAUUCCAUGCAGAGCUUGUCCUUGUCCAGGAACAUUAGAUUCUGAUCACUCAUACGCCGAUAGUUGUUCCCUCGAUUCUGUAACACAGGAUGUAAUUUGCGAGUGUUACGAGGGUUACAGCGGUCCACGUUGUGAAAAGUGUGCUGAGAAUUAUUUCGGCGAUCCUGAAGUAUCAGGUGGAAGUUGCGAACCUUGCGAUUGUAGUAAUAAUACCGAUCUGAGUGUACCUGGUAACUGUGAUCCACACAGUGGACGUUGCCUACAAUGUCUCUACAAUACCGAUGGACCAAACUGUCAAAUUUGUACUGCCGGAUUUUAUGGUGAUGCACUUAAGCAAAAUUGUCAAGAAUGUAACUGCGAUUUCCUUGGAACUGACAGAUCCGCUGGACCUUGCAAUCAUCGUACUGGACAGUGUCCUUGUCUGCCUCAUGUAAUUGGUCAACAUUGCGAUACUUGCGAGGAAAAUCAUUGGAGAAUUGCUAGUGGCCAAGGUUGUGAUCCUUGCGAAUGUGACGCUAUCGGAAGUGUAUCUGACAAAUGUAAUCCUUUCGAUGGAAAUUGCGAGUGCAGAGCUGGUUUCGGUGGACGAAGAUGCAAUGAAUGUCAAACGAAUUUCUGGGGAAAUCCAAAUAUCGAAUGUACCAAAUGCGACUGUAAUCAAAUUGGUUCGGCAAGUCAACAGUGUGAUAGAGAAACUGGUGUCUGUGUUUGUCACAAAGGAAUAGGAGGUGAAAAAUGUGAUCAGUGUGACCGUGGUUAUCACGGCGAAGCACCCCAAUGUAGCCCAUGCGGUGAAUGUUUCGACAAUUGGGAUUUAACAUUGACCGAAUUGAAAAACAAGACAAAGCUUGUCAUCGAUGAGGCUUCCAGAAUACAACAAGUCGGUACUGCUGGAGUUUACAGUCUGGAAUUCGACGACAUGGUCGAUUCAUUAAACCAAGUACGCGAUUUGAUCAGCAACACUUCCAUCAAGAGUCAAGAUUUAGACGAAUUGACUAAUUUAGCCGAGGAAUUGAGUAAGAACGUAUCGGAUUCGGCUAAACGAUUAGAAGAAGUCGAUAAUUUGUUAGAAAACGUUAGUCAACGAGUUAAUCUUGGCGAUGUAGCGUUAAAAAAAUUGAAAAAUAGAACAAACAGUUUGCAUCAAGGUGCCAUGGAAUUGAAAGAGAACGCUACGAUAUUGCAAGAGGAAAAUGUUCAAGGUGCGCUAAACGUAACUCAACAAAUGGCUGAGCAAUCUCUAAAUGCCGAAAAAAUGGCGAACGAUACUAAUAACGUUCUGGCUGAUGCGGAAAGAUAUCGUAAACAUACGGAAAAUCUUUUAGCCAAAAAUAGUGCAUCGGUUAAUGAAGCUCAAGAAAGAAAUAAUGAAUCUUUAGAAAAAUUAACUAAUAAGUUAAAUGCAUUGAACGGAGGUAUGCGUGAAUUGAAUACUCGAAUGUGCGGCGCAAAUGUCACAGAUUGUAGCGACGUUUGCGGUGGUGCUGGAUGUGGCUUUUGUGGAGGACUUUCAUGUGACUUUGGUGCGAUAACAAUAGCUAAUCAAGCCUUGGAUAUGGCCAAACAACAGGCUGCUAAAAUUAAAGGUCGAAGAGAUGAAGCGGAGCAACUAUUACGUAAUUUGACUAAAGUCAAACAAGACGCCAUAGCAGCAAGAUCGAACGCACAAGACGCGUUUAACAAUGCUUUGGAAGCAAGAAAUCGUACGGAUGCGAUAACGAAGAGUUUGUCCGAUAUUAACAAACGAAUUUGGAGUAUAUUGAACGAGGACCAACCAACGCCAACGAUGGUGAGAGAUUUAGCUGAGAAAAUAUUGAUCAAGAAUAUACAUUUGAAACCAGAUGAGAUCACCCAAUUAGCCAAUCGCAUAAAAACAAUAGUCGGUUCUCUCACAGAUUCGGACAAAAUUCUUGAUGAUACAAAAGCCGAUCGCGAACUGGCUCAUAGUUUAGUAGAACGUGCUAACAAAGCUAAAGAGGCAGCGUUAAAGAAACAAAACGAAACGAACGAGAUCGUAAUGUCUUUGACAGAAGCGAAAAAGGCACAAGAAUUGGCCCAUACUGCGAUAAACAAAGCACAAAAUGACGUGGACAAAGCGCAACAAGAUUUAAAUUAUAUAGCCGUGACCAUUGAGGAAGCUCAAAUGAAAGCUAACGAUACUACCGAUUCUGUAAAAGCUUUGGACGCAAGGCUACGACAAUUACAAACGCAAUCGGCUAAAAAUGCCUUUAUCUUGAAUCAAGAAAUCGAAGUUGAAACACGUAAAGUUGCCCAAGAGGCGCAUAUAGUAGAUGGUAAAACAAAACAAUUAGAAAAGGAGUAUAAAAAGGCUGACGAAUCUUUGAACUAUCGUGUAAAUAAGAGCAAAGGUGACAUACAAAGAGCGAAGAAAUUACUUCAAAGAGCUUCCGAAUUAACAGCUGACACGUCGACCAAAUUCAAGGAUUUAGAUGGUAUGGAAAGCGUUUACAAAGACAAUGAAAGAAUACUCGCUGAUCUCAUGACUGAGGUAGACUCUCUAACCAUAGAAAUGGCGAAACAUCUCGGGGAGAUCGAGCGAAAGUCUCAAACUUACAGACAAUGUACUUCGUAAUGACCAUUUAUUUAUAAUGUUUUGGACCAUUAGAAUCGUAUAAGGAAACCUCAUAAACAAUGGCGGUUUUAUUCUUCAAAGAGGUCGUAGGGUUAGUCCUUCUUGGGGUCUUCAUUAAAAUAAAUGAAUUAUGCACAAUUUAAAUUCUUUCAUUUCAAUCGUUCAUGCAAAUGAGAAAAUAAGAAAUACACUGUCCAAAUACGAUUAUAAUCUUCGAUAUAAAUUUAUAUAGUCAUUUUACGGAGUCCUCACGAAUUGUGCAAGAAUCUGCCAUUGUUCAUAGGAGAACAUUAUCCGAUUCCAAAUUCUAACAACACUAACUUUUAAUAAAGAAAUAAUAUAAUUUUCUAAAUAAUACUGAAACUACGCAUAUCAUAUUAAUAUUCAAAAUAGUUUCUAUUACGAUGCAAUUAACAUUAGAUUCUCAUAUCUUCUAAUUCAUAAUUUCACAAUGCUCGUACCUAGAUACCGAUGAGGAUCAGUUAUUUUGUUUUUACUGCCAUAAUAUCUAACAAAAGUAUCAUGUUUUUUAUUGAGAAAUAAAAUCGAAUAUA